GGUAACCACGCUCCGCUACGCAAUUUUCAAUGCCCACAUUGCAUUGAAAGCCUUGAAAUCCUGGAUAGUCCCUGGAAUACAGUACAGACUACAGAGGGAGGAGUACAACCUGGUGCAAAGUGGCCUGGCUCGACACAAACUGUACCGUCCACUACCGAGAUAUCCCAGUCGCCCCAACCAGGCCAACCCACACCCAAUCCCACAAUCCAAGCCACCCUCGCGUCAUUACAACCUUCAGAAGAAAGGCCGGACAACCCGACGCGCUAUUACCAACCAAGUAUAUUCGUUUCAUCAGAAACCCUACACACCUUGAUCUCUUGGGCGCCGCUGCAGCUGCAUGCGACAGACACCUUUUGAUCCUGUACAUAUCUACACAAUAUCGUGCACCCGAGUUUUGGUGAGCCCGAAGACAAAGACGCAAUUCACGUUACAACCUGCCACAACGGUCCGGUCCACCUCGAUCCACAACACGAGCGCUCUAUACCCAACUUGAAAGGGUACCUCCCAGUCACCGCCGUCACCGUCACAUCGAGGAGAGAUACACCCCCAAGAGGGCAGUGCGCCUCUCUGCUGCACUCUCGUGUUCCCCUGGCUAAGCCAUACAAACAUCGACUUGCCUCACUCGACCGUUUUCGCUAUAAUGAAUUCGGCCGAUGAGGGCUACAGCGAGGCCCCUCUCAAUACCUUGGUCUCGACCUCGUUCUACAAGUCCCACUCAAGUAACAGAACCCCCGUGUCGGAUCUUUUACUGCAACACAUGUCGGACCUUUCCAUCGCCAACAAGACUGAGCUUACUCUCGCGCUCCUAGAUGAGCUCCCCACGAGCGUUGUUGCUGAAAUCGUCCAGCGUCUCAACCCGCGACUUUAUAUCGACUUCAUCAUGUAUCUCCCGGCCGAGAUCUGCCUCAAGAUACUGGGCUAUCUCGAUCCACUGUCUCUCAUCAAUCUAGCCAAAGCAUGUCGAGCCUGGCAUAACCUCGCCUCAGAUGGGAAGCUUUGGGAGCGCAUCUACUACCGUGAAGGAUGGAAGACAAUAAAAUCGGAAAUCGAUCUCUGGGAAGACAAGGUCAACGCGGCGGCCUUGUCUGGGAGCUCUUUGAAUGGGCCGCUACACAGGUUGCGGUCGUCCGAAGACGGACACACACAUAAGAAGCGUGCCAUCACGAGCCCUACAAGAUCAACAACCGAGGACAGUCGCGACGAUUACCCCAUGCUGGACGAUGUUGCGAUGAGCGGUUCAAGCAUUUUCGGUACCGGCUCUGGUUCAUCAAGUACGAGGACAUGUGUCACGCCAGGGAUCAGCGCACUGAACGUGAACGGCUUCACUAGCGACUCGAAGGGGAAAGGCAAGGAGCCCGCACAUACCCCAAGGACGGCGCUCUCCCGGGAAACGAGCGACAUCAAGCCCGAGUCUUUGCCAGAAAUCAUUCCAGCUGAAACGAACCUGCCCAAGACGACUCUCUGGAACUGGCAUACAAAUUCGAACAGGUACAGACUCAACUGGAAAUACAUGUAUGCAACUCGACACCGGCUAGAACAGAACUGGGAGAGUGGUAAAUUUAUCAACUUUCAGUUUCCACAUCCAAACCACCCCGAAGAAGGACACAAGGAGUGCAUCUACAGCCUUCAGUUCAACUCGGAAUACUUGGUCAGCGGCAGCAGGGAUAAGACGGUUCGAAUAUGGGACAUGUACACGCGGAGGCUCGUCAGGUCGCCGCUUGUCGGUCACAAGGGAUCCGUGCUGUGCCUCCAGUUCGAUUCUGAACCAGACGAGGAUAUCAUCGUUACGGGCAGCAGCGAUUCAGACGUGAUCAUCUGGAAGUUUUCAACCGGUGAGAUGAUACAGCGGCUUAAGUGUGCGCAUCACGAGUCGGUGCUCAAUGUCAAGUUCGACAAACGAAUCCUUGUUACUUGCUCAAAGGACAAGACCAUCAAGGUGUUCAACAGACGACCCAUUGGGCCUGGCGAGGCAGGUUAUGGGGAGACUGAUGCCGUGUACGGCGUUGGUCAAGUCAUCCAAAGUCAACAUACACAAUAUGACGGCAUCGACAACCUAGCCAUCAAACCGCCUUAUUCGAUGAUCGGCGCACUUAAAGGUCAUGGGGCUGCUGUAAAUGCUCUGCAAAUAUUCGGCAACGAAGUCGUGUCUGCCUCCGGGGACCGAAACCUCAAGAUCUGGGACUGGCCGACACAACACUGCAGGUGCACAUACAUUGGCCAUGCCAAAGGAAUUGCCUGUGUUCAAUAUGAUGGUAAGCGCAUCGUGAGCGGUAGCAACGACAACGCGAUCAAGGUUUUCGAUAGCCGAACAGGACUGGAGGUAGCGAGUCUACGCGGGCACACAGACCUGGUAAGGACGGUGCAGGCCGGCUUCGCAGACCUCCCAUAUAGCGAUUACGAGGAUGCCGAAGAGGCGAGGCGCAUGGACAAGAAGUUCAGCGCUGCAGUCCGGGCAGGUACGUUGUUAACACAGACAAGGGGGAGGACAAGAAACCAUGGGAGCGGCAUGCCGGAGGAGCUCACAGCAUAUGGCGCAAAACUACCUCCUGGCGGUGGUGGGGGCAAAUACGCACGGAUAGUGUCGGGGUCCUACGAUGAAAGCAUCAUCGUUUGGAGACGCAAUAAAGAAGGAAAGUGGUACAAACAGCAUCAUCUUAGACAAGAAGAGGCGGCACUAGCUGCGGCAUCGCGGCCGACAGGUGACCCUGCAGAUUACCCGGGACGAGGAUCAGGUGGGCUUGCGCGUCCCGUUGAUGGUUCUGGGUUGUCGGGGGCGGAACUGGCGCUUCACAGGUUGAGAGCUCAGCGGCAGCCGGAAUCAGCCGACGCUGCUGCGGCUGGAUCUGCAGCAUCUGGGUCGGCGAUGGCGGGCCACUCGCACAGAAGACCCGCGAGGCCGCGGGUUCCAGAGGGCACAACCCCGACUCGUUCGCAACAGGUGUCAGAAAGGGAUGAGCCGACUCGCUCAAUGCCAGAAUUCCACAGGGGGCCGUCAGCCGAGGUCACUCUUAAUGGUGCAGCAGAAGUAGUAAACGGUCAAGACGCGACUGGUGGAGCGCAGUACCUUGCUCCCAGCCACACGACAUCACCACAUGCAACUUCGCUCUCGAGCUCGUCGGCGCGCUCGUUGACGCACAUGAUCGACGUCACCGUUCCACAGGGUGUAUACGCACUGCAGCAGGCUUUGAGCAACUUCCCAGCCAUGGUGACACUCCAGCCUCAGUUGCAGGCGGCUAUCGACAGAGAACCAAACCCGAUGGUGCGUAGUCAGAUGCGCCAAGCUGUCAGCACCGCGGUGGUGAGGGCGCAGCUGGCUCAGGCUCGGGCGCAACGUGAAAAUAUGCAUAGCCUGAGGGCGGUCAGCAACGCCGCAAGGGCUGCCGAUGGUGGUGGUAGUGUAGGGCCAUCGGCGGCAUCCUCAAGGCCCCAGGCGGCCAGUAGCAACUCGGCACCAACUGUUUUGCCGUCUGGCCGGCCGUCUAUGCCGGCAGACGAUACAGGACUGCCACCCAUGGACAUCCCUGCUACGGUGAGCUCUUCUACAGGAUCGCCGGCAGAAACAGCAGCGGCGGCAGUGUCGUCAGCAACCAACGGUGCACCACCGGCAGGACCUCCACCAGCGCCUAGCAUGGCGCCCGCGCACCCCGUCCUUCCUGUCGCCGUUGGAGGGCGCCAAAACCAAGCCGUCGCAGAUGAACGUACUCCAGUGCGUAUAUUCAAGCUCCAGUUUGAUGUGCGGAGGAUUAUUUGCUGCAGUCAGACAAGCGUCAUUGUGGGAUGGGACUUUUGUAAUGGGGAUCCGGAGCUGGAGGAGGCGAGUCGAUUCUGGGCCACUGUGGAGUAGGUGACUAGUCUUUUUGCGGCUCGAAGUUAAUGUGUCGCGAGGUUCUUUGGUGUUUUUUCUCGGAUGAUUAACGAUUAUUAUUUUGUUUUCAAGUCCCUUGUUUUGUGUUCGCAUUGCAUGGCGGAACUGGCUUUCGAGAUGUAGAGAGGAUUUUGACCCGAAAUUGUAUUUGUAAUAAAACUUGUAUUGAAU